UUUUUUUUUUUUUUUUAAUUUUUUGAAUGUUUAUUUAUUUUUGAGAGAGAGAGAGAGAGGAGCAGGGGAGGGGCAGAGGGAGAGGGAGACACAGAAGCAAAAGCAGGCUCCAGGCUCUGAGCUGUCAGCACAGAGCCCUACAUGGGGACUGAACUCACGAACUGCGAGAUCAUGAUCUGAGCCGAAGUUGGAUGUAUAACCAACUAAGCCACCCAGGCACCUCUGUGUUCCUUCUUUUUGAUAAGAUUUCAAUGAUUUUUUUUCACCUUCUUUGUAUUUUUAAUGUAAUGGCUAAGUGUGAAUGUUUUGAUACUAGACCUGAAUUAUAGUCUCAAAUCUACCAAUUAUUAACUGUUUGACCUUAUCUAAGGUACAUGUAAGUCUACACCUUAGUUUCCUCAUCUCUUAAAUAGGAUUAUACAUGUAAAACACUGUAAGAUCCAAAUAUUACUUUUUAUAUUACUGCAUUUAAAAAGACUUAACUGAGUGGUUAGCAUAUUCUGUUCUGUAUAUUAACCUGCCCAUCAUUCAUUCAUUCAGCAUAUAGUUAUUAAGUAACAGGCUCAGUGGCCUACCACUAUACCAGGUUUUGCCCUCUUGAAAUUUAUAUUUUGGUUGUACUAAGUGCUGCAAAGAAACACUGUCUUAUUUUUUCUUGCACAAAUUCCAGGAGAAAAAGGUAUUUGGCAUAGAAGUUAUUCAGUUGAUCCAUUUAUUAGUAUAUUUAGAUUAUUCACUUUUAUUCAAAUGAAACAUUACUAAUCUUUAAGAUACAACUUUUUCAUAGCAGUGUUACUCACACUUUGAUCUAUGUACCAGUGCUAAUCCAUAAUGAGAUAAUUACAGAAUUUGAGAGUCAACUAUAAAUUUAUUAUCUCACAGUUUUGGUGGAUCAAGGAUCCCAACAUGGCUUUAACUGGAUGUCUCUGGAUCAUGAGGUUGCAGUCAAGCUGUUGUCUAGGGCUGCAGUCUUAUCUGAAGACAACUGGAAAAGGUUCCACUUCCAAGCUCACUUACAUGACCUGUCAGAGCUGCCUCAGAAAGCAGCUGACUUCCCCAGAGUGGGUAAUCCUGGUCGAGAAUGAGAGCAUUCAAGAUGGAAGUCACAUUUUUUUUAUAACCCAUUUUUGUAUAUGAUAUCCCAUCCCUUUUGCUGUGUUCUAUUUGUUAAGUGAGUCAUUUAAUUACAUAUUAUAGUAUUUAUUUGUUGUACCUUUUUCUUUAUUUUCCUAGCAUCUAUGAAGUAUUUAAAAAAAAUUUUUUUUUUCAACGUUUAUUUAUUUUUGGGACAGAGAGAGACAGAGCAUGAACAGGGGAGGGGCAAAGAGAGAGGGAGACACAGAAUCGGAAACAGGCUCCAGGCUCUGAGCCAUCAGCCCAGAGCCUGACGCGGGGCUCGAACUCACGGACCGCGGGACCGCGAGAUCGUGACCUGGCUGAAGUCGGACGCUUAACCGACUGCGCCACCCAGGCGCCCCUAUGAAGUAUUUUUAAAGGUAAUAAAAAAACCUUUAAGUUUAUACCAUGCAUAGCACCAAGGAGAAGAAUGACAACUACAAAGAUGACCUUCUGCUUAGGAUGGGACUUAAUGAUAAUAAAGCUGGAAUGGAAGGAUUAGAUAAAGAGAAGAUUAAUAAGAUUAUAAUGGAAGCCACAAGGGGGUCCAAAUUUUAUGGAAAUGAGCUCAAGAAAGAAAAGCAAGUCAACCAACGAAUUGAAAAUAUGAUGCAACAAAAAGCUCAAAUUACCAGCCAACAGCUAAGGAAAGCACAAUUACAGGUUGACAGAUUUGCAAUGGAAUUAGAACAGAGCCGGAAUCUGAACAAUACUAUAGUGCACAUUGACAUGGAUGCUUUCUAUGCAGCUGUAGAAAUGAGGGACAAUCCAGAACUGAAGGAUAAACCCAUUGCUGUAGGAUCAAUGAUGAUGUUGUCUACCUCGAAUUACUACGCAAGGAGGUUUGGUGUUCGUGCAGCUAUGCCAGGAUUUAUUGCUAAAAGACUCUGCCCACAACUCACUAUAGUGCCCCCAAACUUUGACAAAUACCAAGCUGUGAGUAGAGAGGUUAAGGAAAUACUUGCUGAUUAUGAUCCCAAUUUUAUGGCCAUGAGUCUUGAUGAAGCCUACUUGAAUAUAACAAAGCACUUACAGGAAAGACAAAAUUGGCCUGAGGACAAAAGGAAGUAUUUCAUCAAAACAGGGAACUCUCUAGAAAAUGAUAAACUCGGAGAAGAAGUGAAUAAAGUGAGUGAGCAGGAGAGAUCCAUCCCUCCACUACUCUUUAAUGACAUUCCUCCUGAUUUGCACCCCCAAGGAAAUCCUUUCCAAGCAAACUCUGAAGAGCAAAAUAAUCCUCAAAUACUCCAAAAUGCGAUUGUUUUUGGAACAUCAGCCGAGGAAGCCGUAAAGGAAAUUCGUUUCAGAAUUGAGCAAAAAACAACAUUGACAGCCAGUGCAGGCAUUGCCCCAAAUACAAUGUUAGCAAAAGUAUGCAGUGAUAAGAAUAAACCAAAUGGACAAUACCAAAUUCUCCCCAAUAGAGAAGCUGUGAUGGAUUUCAUCAAGGACUUACCCAUUAGAAAGGUGUCUGGCAUAGGAAAAGUUACAGAGAAAUUGUUAAAGGCCCUUGGAAUUAUUACUUGUACAGAACUCUACCAACAGAGGGCAUUACUUUCUCUUCUUUUCUCUGAAACAUCUUGGCAUCAUUUCCUUCAUAUUUCCCUGGGUCUAGGUUCAACACUCCUGGCAAGGGAUGGAGAUAGGAAAAGCAUGAGCGUUGAGAGGACAUUCAGUGAGAUGAGUAAAGCAGAAGAACAGUAUAGCUUGUGCCAGGAACUUUGCAGUGAACUUGCUCAAGAUCUGCAGAAAGAAGGAUUAAAGGGUAGAACUGUUACCAUUAAACUGAAGAAUGUAAAUUUUGAAGUAAAAACUCGUGCAUCUACAGUUUUAUCUGUUGUUUCUACUGCAGAAGAAAUAUUUGCUAUUGCUAAAGACUUGCUAAGAACAGAAAUUGAUGCUGAUUUUCCACAUCCCUUGAGAUUAAGACUUAUGGGUGUACGGUUAUCUAGUUUUCCCAAUGAAGAAGACAAGAAACAGCAACAAAGGAGCAUUAUUGGCUUUUUACAGGCUGGAAACCAAGCUCUGUCAGCUACUGGGCAUAUGCUAGAGAAAACUGACAAAGAUCAGUUUUUAAAACCUCUAGAAAUGUCUCAAAAGAAGAGCUUCUUUGAUAAAAAGCGAUCAGAAAGGAAAUGGAGCCAACAAGACACAUUUAAAUGUGAAGCUGUGGAUACACAAAGUUUACAGACAUCAGAUUCAUUCCAAGUUUUAAAGAAGAUGAAUGAGAAUUUAGAAACAUCAGAGAAUUCAAAUAAGUCUCAGAUAUUUACCUGUCCCAUUUGCUUUAGGGAGCAAGGAAGCAUCAGUCUGGAAGCCUUUAAUAAACAUGUAGAUGCCUGUCUUGAUGGACCUUCAAUUAAUGAAGACCGUAAAAUGUUCUCAUGCUCACAGGCUUCCUCUACAGAAGUUAACAGGAAAGAAAAUGUACAUCAUUCUUUUUCACUCCAUGAGAAGCAGGAUUAUGAAACCCAUCAGAAGCAUUCAGGAAUCAAUUCAGUAGAUUGUGCAGAGCUAGUAGAGACUAUAGGUAACCCACCUAAAGCAGAAAGUGUAGGUGCUUUAAGUGAUAAGCACAGCAAAGAGGAAUGUGCUGUUUUUCCAAGAAAAUCGUUUAAUACUGAGCAACAUUAUCAGAAUUCUUUCUCUACUGUUUCACUCGAAGAUAUGGGGUCAAGUCAGCAAGAAUCCCCCCAGCCUUAUUUACCCGAAGUGGUAAUAACCCAAGCUCUAGUUUGUCCUAUUUGUAACCUGGAACAAAAGACUUCAGAUCUUACCCUGUUCAAUAUGCAUGUGGAUAUAUGCUUAAAUAAAGGCAUUAUCCAGGAACUGAGAAAGGAUAGUCUAGCUAAUCAACCCAAAGAAAGCACCAAAAGUACUGAUACCUCAGGCCAAGUACAAAAGACUGCAACAAAAACAAAAAGGCCAGGAAUGUACUCAUCGUCAAAGAAAGUAAAACCAAACAGUCCCAGACACACUCUUGAUAUAUUUUUUAAAUGAAUAUUGAACAUUUUACCAUUGAACAUUUUAUUCUUACUUGAAACUUGUUACUUUUUAGUCAACAAAUCUCUUGUUCUUCAUUAAGUUUACAAAUUCAUUUAGUGAAAGACAAGUGCAAUAAUUCCUUCCCAAAUGACAUUUCCUUCAUAUGAAUUUGGAAUAUAGACUAGUUUACUUCUUUACACAUUUGGGAUAACCAAGAGAAUUUCACUUCUAUUAUACAUCAAUCAGAAAUCAGUCCUGUUACAGAUCAUUUUAAAAUGAGAAAUUAGGAAUGAAAUCAGAAAGUGAUUUUUUUCAUAAUUACAUUUUAUAAUAAAUAUAAAAACAUAUUUAUAAGGGCUCUCAGAGGUUCUCACAAACCUAUGUUAGCAUAAUAAUAUUUCAGCACUUAACCACUUUGUUGGCAUUGGACUGCUAUAUUUGAUUUUGGUAACUUCUACAACUUCAUAUAUUCGUAGUUUACCUCCUGGGAUAUUCAAAUACCUUGUGAGCCUUCGUAAUUAAAAUUUAUUCUAAGUUCUAUGAAGAAUAUUAGCUGGGCAGAACAAGCCUGAAGAUUUCGUUAUCUUCAGGAAAAUAAUGUCACAGUAUUAUCUUCUGUGUUAAAAGAAUUCUUUAAAAUUUGAUUAUCCCUUUUAUUUUUUUAUUUAGAAUUCCUUUAUGAAUAAGCAUGUGGCUCACUUUAACAAUAUUUAGUGUAAGAUUCAAGGUGUUAAUUUCUGUAUAGGACUUUUAAGUGGUGGUAUUUCAUUUCUUGACAGUUAUGUUUAUACUUUACACAGAUCUAUAAAAAAGGAUAAAUUGUACGCUCACUUUAUUUUUAUUGUAACCCUUUAGAAAGAAGUAAUUCAAAAGAUUAAUGUGUAUUAAAGCAUCUCAUUCAUCUUAGUUAUAUUUCUAUCACAUUUUUGUUAAUAUUAAUGAAAGAAGAUAGCUUAAUAGUGAUCAUCGUAGUUACUGCAAAUACUUUUGUGCUAUUAAUAGAAUUUUUUUCAAAAAAAAUUAAUUUAAACAUGAAAUGGAAGCCAUUUUCUGUUACUCCUUUAAAGAACUGAAUCUUUUGCCUCUUAUAUUUUUGUUGUCUCUUUUCCUACUUUUCAUAUGUUAUAGCUCAUUAUCUGAAUUUAUAAAGAAAUAAUAUUUUAGGAAUAGGUUAAAUUAGAAUCUCAUACAGCUUUUGGCCAAAGUGGUAACUGACUUUAAAUUAUUGUAUUAUUAUAUUUAUUAUGCCAGUCUCAGGCCUAAUUAUUAUCAUAUGCUAUGGCAAGUUCUGAGUUCUUAUGUGAUUUAUAUAUCUCAAUUCUGUACAAAAUUAAGUUUAGUAAAGCACUGAUUUAAUGUCUUGAAAAGUUAAUAGUAUCAUAUUUUGUUUUUUCCAUCUUGCCUCAGAUUUAUUUUUACUGUAUUUUCAACUUUAAAUAUGAAAUUAUUUUCAGCUACGUGAUUCAUGUAAUUGAAUGUUAUCAUUUAGUAAUAUUUAAUAAUAAUUUAAAAUAAAAUUGGAAGUGUUUCAUUGAUCUUUUAGCCAAUAAAAAUGGUUUUCUUACUUUUCUA